CUCAAUCUCAAUUUUAUCAAUCCCAAGCAAGAGUACUCUCAACCAAAUCAAACCUUUGGGAUCAGCCAAAUUUCGAGGAAUUUCAAAUGGACCAAAACAUUCCGCGCUCAGGGCCUGUUAACCGUUCACUACUCACAUUGCCACUGCGUGCCCAUCGUGCGGACCGUGUAUGGUAUGAACCAAAUGCCAAUGACUCGUGCUUGAAAUCCGUCAGUUGCCCUUAAGCUGCAUUCAGAUAUGAAGAGCGAGAUGAAAGAGUGAUAGAUAUGUUAGCAUAUGCUGGGUUCUUGGGGGUAGAGCACAUUGCCCGUAUGAAGGUGGAUCAUAGUUUAAUAUGCGCUUUGGUGGAGAGAUGGAGGCUGGAGACACAUACUUUCCAUCUUCCAUUCGGUGAGGUCGGCAUUAGUCUACAAGAUGGCGAUGAUCCUUGGUUUGCCCAUUCAGGGUGUGCCCCUCAGUGGUCCAACCAUUAAGGAUAAGGCUCAGUGGAUCGACCUGUGCACGCAGUCGUGUGGUUUCACUCCUCUAGAGACUGAUAUGCGCACGAGUGAUAUCACCAUGAGUGCUGUUACCCGUCACCCGAUCCUACCUGACAGUACAGACGAAGAGGUCACCGAACACAUCAGGACCCUAAUAUGGCAAUUGCUUGGAGGGUUUUUGUUCCCUGACACGAGUGGGACAAGAAUAUGAUUGUACUUUUUGGAGGUCUUGUAGGGUGAUUUGGCUUUAGCCUGUCGAUGGAGUCAGGGAUCAGCGGUUCUCGGGUACCUCUACCAUAACUUGUGCAAUGGCGCCAAGUGGGAAACCAAACAAGUUGGCGGUUGUAUGCACUUGUUACAGAUUUGGGCUUGGUCGAGGAUUUCGAUGGUCCAUCCCUCAGUACUUCAGGUCAUUCAACAUGACCAUCUUCCAUAUGGGUGCAGUUAUGUUGGCAAUUACAUCUUAAUAAUUGAGAAUGCUUUAUAUGACGACAUUUUUUAACUUCAUAUCGGUAAUCAAUAAAUGUAGGUGGAUCGUCCCCAAGUCAUAUAAUGGAUCCCCAAGACAUUGCAUACGCUUGUACCGGGAUGACCUAGACCGCAUGAGUGAGAGUCAGGUAAUACUUGAAAUUUUUACUUCAACCGUACUAUUCAAUUUUCAAUACACAUUGUUUUAUAGUUCUUAAAUUGCAAAUUAAACUUUUUACAAUUUGAUUUCACUCCCUACGCGUCCGAGACACUCCCACCUCUCAUCCUUAAUGAAGCUCCGCUUUGGUCGGCUAGGGUCAUGCUCAUAUUUUGCAAUAUGGCCGAAAUGCAUUACCCCGAUCGAUUUCUUCGGCAGUUCCAUAUAAGGCAAGAUACUCUGAAUGCUCCUUUGACGGGUACUGAUAAUCACGGCAAUUGUUCCAACAUAGUAACCGGUGCCUUGGCGAUGUGGGCGGACAUACAACAUAAUAUAUACUUUCUUGAGUAUGAUCGACAUAUGUCCCUCGAAGCAACUAAUAGGUACCGAAAAUGGUACAAGAAGCAUGGUAUGACACGUGUCCAGAACCCUUCUCACAAUGUGCCCACGACAGGCUACACCCCGACAUCACACGAUUGGGGUAUUGUGAAGCAAGGCGUUCACGAGGUGUAUAAGCUCUUAGCCGACCGCGCGAGUUAUGAGGACUGUAAAAAACGACUACGGCGGAUGGCCCUGGACGUAGGUGAUGAAGAGAUGCUCCACCGGGGCAUAUUCCAUUAUGAAGAUAAAGAUGAAGGUGGAAGUGACGAAGAGGAUGAUGCAGAUGAACAUGAAACUGGGGGUGGAGGACUCACAAUCGCCCCCUCAAUUCUCAACACAGGGUGUCUCAUUUGAUCAACCACCCCCUCAAUUCUCAACGCAUCAAGGUGUCUCAUUUGAUCAACCACCGCCGUAUUAUGAUUCUUAUCAGUGCUCCACACAAGUGGGUGAUUAUGUUGAGUCAUUUCUGAAUUCGUCGUUUUACUAUGGAGACACAACGGGGCCUUGGAACACUGGCGGUGGGGACGGAGCAGGGC